ACAUUACAUCUUACUUACUCCUUGGAGACCAUAGCAAACAACAUCCCAAUUUUCAAACACAGAAGCAAAAAACGUAGCGGCGAAAAUGUCGCAUUUGCAUUUGCAGUUGCAGCAACACUCACCAGCACCAACAUCACUCUCAUCAUCAUCAUCUUCUUCUUCAAUUUUUUCUUCUCUUAAACUUUGCACAAACAACUAUUUUUCUCCAAAGUCUCUUUCUUUUAAACCCCUCACUCUCACCCAACCAAUCAGAUGCCGCCACUCUGACCUCUUCGAAACCAGAACCAACUCUUCCACUUCCACCCCCAAUCCUUCAGUUGGAGCAUUGCCACCUAGGGUUUAUGUUGGUCAUUCAAUUUACAAAGGGAAGGCUGCACUCACUAUCACUCCGAGACCACCGGAAUUCAUGCCGUUGGAUUCAGGGGCAUAUAAGAUAUCUAGGGAUGGUUAUCUGCUGCUUCAGUUUGCGCCAUCCGUUGGUCCGCGCCAAUAUGAUUGGAAUAGGAAACAGGUGUUCUCGUUUUCGGUGGUUGAAAUGGGAACUGUGAUUAGCCUUGGAUCAAGGGAGUCUUGUGAAUUUUUUCAUGAUCCUUCGAAGGGAAAAAGUGAUGAAGGCAAAGUCAGAAAGGUUUUGAAGGUUGAGCCUUUUCCGGAUGGUUCUGGUUUCUUCUUUAACCUCAGUGUUCAAAACAAGAUUGUGAACGUUGAUGAAAGCAUCACUAUCCCUAUAACCAAAGCAGAGUUAGCAGUUUUGAGCACAAUUUUCAAGUUUAUCAUGCCAUACCUUCUUGGUUGGCAUACCUUCGUGAACGCCAUAAAUCCUAAUCCUGAGUAUUCUGCUGUGGUGAACAAUGCCAACCCAAAAUAUGGAGGAGACUAUGAAUGGACCAGAUAGGGAUCAUUAUUUUGCUUGUAUUACACAACCCUCACCACUCUGAACUUCUCAACUUUGAAAUGUGUUGAAUAGUUUCUACUUGUUAUUAGAUUAGUUGUUUUAGAAAUUUGACUCUAGAGAUAGUAAUGUCAUUACUUGGUGAAUGUUAUGAUUAGUAGAUGUGGAAGAAUGAUAUUUUGGCUGAAAAGGGGAAAAAGUAUUAUUUCAUUCGUUUCUUUUUAA